AUGUCUUGGAAAUUGACUAAGAAGCUCAAGGAGACCCAUUUGGGCCCUCUUGCCAACACCUUCUCCCGAUCCCCCUCCACCUCAACAAUCACCACAGACUCCGCCAAAGAUGAGAAAUCGAGCAUCGCGAACACUCCCACAACUGAUAACGGGAUUGCUGCAUCCGAACUCAUAGCCACACAACCUCCUGCCGAACCACGUCCAGGUAUUCUAAUCGUCACCCUACACGAGGGGCAGGGUUUCUCCCUUCCAGAUCAAUAUGUACAGGCCUUCAGCUCCCACCAACAGAACUCGCUCUCCGCAGGCGGCGGAUUCGGGGUAGCAGGCUCGGUCCGUCCGGGCUCAUCGCAGCACAGCAUGUCUGGAUCGUACGCUGGCAACGCGCGACCGCAAACCUCUGGAGGUGGUUUCGGUGGAUUCCCUACGAAUCACGGCCGAAUCUCCUCAAAAUACCUCCCGUACGCCCUGCUGGAUUUUGAUAAGCUGCAGGUCUUCGUGAAUGCUGUUUCGGGCACUCCAGAAAACCCACUUUGGGCUGGCGAUAACACCUCAUAUAAGUUCGAUGUCUCCCGAGCAACUGAGCUGGCUGUCCAUCUCUACCUACGAAACCCCAACGCGGCACCUGGUUCUGGACGAAGUCAAGAUAUCUUCCUUGGCGUGACCCGCAUCAACCCUCGAUUUGAAGAGACCCACAAGUACGUCGAAGAUCCAAAGUUGAGUAAGAAGGACCGAGAGAAGGCGGCAUCGGACUUCGCGAAACAUGAAAGAACCCUCGGUCAAGCUGGAGCGGAAUGGGUAGACGUUCAAUACGGCACUGGAAGAAUCCGCAUUGGUGUGGAAUACAUCGAGAACAGAACCCGGGCCUUGAAGAUUGAAGACUUCGACCUGCUGAAGGUUGUUGGAAAGGGAAGUUUCGGAAAGGUCAUGCAGGUCAAGAAGAAGGAUACCCAACGUAUCUAUGCGUUGAAAACGAUCCGAAAAGCCCACAUUAUUUCCCGGUCAGAAGUUGCGCACACCCUCGCGGAACGAUCGGUGUUGUCACAAAUCAACAACCCUUUCAUUGUACCCCUCAAAUUUACAUUCCAAUCCCCCGAGAAGCUAUACUUCGUUCUCGCAUUUGUUAAUGGCGGAGAGCUUUUCCAUCACCUUCAGAAGGAGCAGCGAUUCGAUAUCAACCGGUCACGAUUCUACACUGCAGAGCUUCUGUGUGCGUUAGAAUGUUUGCAUGGCUUCAACGUCAUCUACCGUGAUCUUAAGCCCGAGAACAUCCUACUUGAUUACUCCGGCCAUAUUGCUCUGUGUGAUUUCGGCCUUUGCAAGCUGGAUAUGAAGGAUGAGGACCGGACCAAUACUUUCUGUGGUACUCCAGAAUAUCUCGCCCCUGAGUUGCUCUUGGGUCAGGGCUACACGAAGACGGUGGAUUGGUGGACUCUUGGAGUUUUAUUGUAUGAGAUGUUGACUGGACUGCCUCCUUUCUACGACGAGAACACCAACGAGAUGUACCGCAAGAUUCUGUCCGAACCUCUCCAUUUCCCUGGUCCAGAGAUUGUUCCUCCGGCUGCGAAGGAUAUCCUCACAAAGCUCCUCAACCGCAAGCCAGAGCAGCGAUUAGGUGCAAAUGGCGCUUCUGAGAUUAAAGCUCAUCCAUUCUUCCAUAGCAUUGAUUGGCGGAAGCUCUUGCAGCGAAAGUACGAGCCUACUUUCAAGCCUAAUGUGACCGACGCCCUUGACACGAAGAACUUCGACCCCGAAUUCACGUCGGAGCUCCCAGCAGACUCGUUCGUCGAAGGUCCAGCCCUGUCUCAGACAAUGCAACAGCAAUUUACUGGUUGGUCCUACAACCGACCUGUGGCCGGACUGGGAGAUGGGGGCGGUAGUAUCAAGGACCCAUCAUUCGUGGGCAGUGUUUCGGACAGGUAG